CAUAUGCGAUUAUCGAUUAGUACACUACUGAAAGUGGAUUUUAUUAAUGUAUGUUUAAAUUUGUGGACAUAAUCUUGGUAGUGAUCUCAUUGAAUCAUUUCUCAGCAGCACAGGACGAUUUACAAAUCAUCAUAAGCCAGAUACAGUGAGUUCUAUGCCCAGGAUGUACGAAAGAUAUAUAAGCAUCAUUCUGUGUUCUGUACUGGUCCUAAACUCUGUCCACUGCGUGACCUAUCAAACUGAGGAGCAGGAAGACUGGACAGUAGAGUGCGCUCCUAAUCACGUCAUCACGGACAUCGUCUCGGACUUCUUCUUCUCUGACCGUCUUUGGAACAUCACGUGCGCCCCAAUCAGACCCAAGAUUAACAUUACAGAGUGCGUCUGGUCUAACUACCACAACGCUCCGCAGUACGACUUCUUGUUUGACUGCCCCAUGAAUUCAAUACUUGCAGGUAUCUCUUCUUUCCAUCGGUCACGUGACCGAGUGUUUAAGUUCUACUGCUGUACCAACAAGGACUAUUUAGUCCACGCUUGCCAGCACACUUUGACGAUCAACUACGCCAAGGGUUUCAUAUCGUUCAGAGUUCCCGAGUCCAUGUACGUCCGCGGUCUGUUCAGUUCAUACGACAGCACUGCAGGCGACAGGCUGUACAGGAUUCAUCUGUGCAAGCUGGACCCUGCGGAUCCCACGGUUGAGUGCCCAACGACAGAGUUAACCACCCAAGCAGUGACCAAGCUCGUGAAUCAGACGGAGACGCCCCUGCUGGAGUCCGAAUCAGAAGACUAAGUCAUUAGCAAUAGCAGAUUUAAGAUGAAUAAUGGAUAAUUUAAAUAGAUUCAUAUUUCAAUGUGAUAGUUUGGCCGAGACUAAUCGUCCUAGAAGACCUGAAUAUUGACCUGCAACGUCGCAACCUGUGUGCAGUGAUACCAGUAACUUGUUGCCAGGUCACAGUCCUAUGCAAUGUGGCAACCAGCCAUUGGUCUCCACUGCCUACAGGCUGCCACGUCACAGGUAAGUAUUGAGGCCUACUAUAACAAUGGCAUGACAUUAUCACUAAAACAAGUAUUUUGGUUACUUUGAUUACACUUUUCUUUAAAACAAUCUAUUUAUAUCAUCAGCCUCUAGAAAAAUAGUAUGACUCUAGGACUUGUUUUAUCAGUCCAAAUAUAGUUUGUAUUUAUCUUCAAGUGUUAUGUGUAUGCAGAAAUGUAGAAUUCUCCACGCCCAUCUCUCGAUAUAUCCUUACAUCUAUGUAAUUGCUUACCCUAGCAGCAAUAUUAGUUUUCUUUUACAGUAUUUGAAAUGUAUGUAAAUUUCUUAUUAAAAUAAAAUAAACCAAAGUAGUGGG